GGCAUUUUGGCUCGAGCUUUGGCGGCACACGAGCUGGACCAGACGCGCUGCGGGACCCGGGCAGCGAUGAGCUUCAUUGGCGCCCCUGGCGGAUCCUUCAUGGCAGCGGGCCCGCACGGUGGCUUCGCCGCGGGCUCCCGCGGGGCCUUCGCCAGCGGGGGCGCCUACCACGGCAUGGGCCACAUGGGCUACGCCGGUGGUGGAGCGGGGUGCUGCGGAGGCGUGGGCUGCGGCAACAGCUGCGGCGCGGACGGGUGCGGAGUGGGCGUGGCGCCGGCGUGCGGUGACGCGUGCUGCGGGGUCGCGGGCGCCAGUUGCGGGGGCAUCGCUGGAACGACGAUGUCGUAUGUGGGCAUGGGCGGUGAUUACAUCGCCACGACCACUUACCAGUACGUUGGCCAGGGUGCUGGCACCUUCACCGUGGUGCCGAUCCCCGCGGCCGGGUGCAGUCCAUGGUGGCUGUGUUGCUUCCUGCCGCUGCUCUUGACCCCCCUCCUCUUCUUCGCGGGGACCACCACCACCACCACGACCACGACCACAACGACCCCUGCCAUCAUCACCCUGCCGCCUCCGGACGUCGUGCCUACGCCGCCGCCGAAGCAGUGCUGCAUCGACAUGUGCAACUGUGCCCGCGAUGGGACGCAGUGCGACGAUGAUUGUGGCUCCGACAAGUGCACCGAUUUCGACGACUGUGAUGACAAGGGCAUCUGCAUCACGGGCACUCCCGAAUGCGAGAACCCCACGCCGGCGCCGCCGCCACAGGGGCCCCAGAGGCACUGCAGGAUCUUCGGUGACCCGCACGUGGUGACGUUUGACGGGCAGUCGGCGAGCUUCUACUCCCAGGGCGAGUACUGGACUGUGAAGAGCACCACCGUCUGGAUGCAGGGCCGCUACAUGCCGACUCCUGUGACCAAUGGCCUCUCCGUCAUGAAGGAGAUCGCGAUCGGCGGCCCCUUCCUGGAGGGCAAGGACGGCACCAAGAACGUCCUCCGCAUCUCCUCCCUCAGGGCGACCUUCAACGACAUCCCCAUCAUCUCCGGCUUUCCGGACGCCUGGGAGAACCAGGAUCCGAUGAUUAAGGUUGUCACCGACGGCAGUGGGCAGGUGAUGCAAUCGAGCCGCCACGGCAAGGACAUGCGCGUCGUGCACGUGGACUUGCCGCUCAACGUCCACCUGGAGAUCAACCGCUGGAACGAGCCAGGCGAGGGGGACUACAUCAACACGAUGAUCACCAUGAGCAUGCAGCCCAACCAAGACGGCCACUGCGGAAAUUUCAACGGCGUGCUUGAAGACGACACCAGGCCGGCGAUCCGCGCCCGCAUCGGCACCACGGGUGUCCCGCAACAGGAGCUGCUCUUCCACACCAAGACCCCUGUGACGCCGGCGAACCGGCCCGACCUGAACAACUGCCCGAUCGACAAGACUGAGAGGGCCAAGGAGCUCUGCCUGGGGAAGUCUAAGACCGGCAUUCCCAACAAAGACUGCAUGAUCGACGUGUGCUUCGGAGGGGAGCACUUCGCAGACAUGACCGACUACGACUAGGCGAGGGACUGCGCGCCACCCGCAAGCCAUGCUGCUCUGCCGCCUCUCGUGGAGGUGUCAUGCCAUACACCUGUAACCAGCCAGAGGCAGACGGCGUGGCGUCUCGAGUCAGGCUCACCACUCUGUCGCACUUUUUUUGCUGCGCACCGCCAGCGGCGUUGAAGGUGCGUGGCCAGCGUCAGGGCAAGGAGCUUCUGCCGAGGCUGGACAAAGCUACCGGUCUCAGCGGAAAAGCUCGCAGACCGAGCCCCUCCUUCCCGGAACACCAAUUAGCCUGACGAAGGACCCAACCACAUGUUGCUGCGAGUAUCGCGAGGGAGAGGAGACGAAGGAGGGGGGGCAGCAAAAAGGACUGCGGCGUGCAUGAGCGGGAGAA